ACACAAUGUGCUCAUAGGAAAAGGGGUGUGUCAGGGAAAGAGAGGACGUUGUGAUGUCACGCAAUGGGUGGGACGAUUCACCUGCAGCCUAGCAGUGGAGAGUCAGUGCCGUGAAACUGGUCCAACCGGUAAAGGUCUCUGGGCGAUCGGAGGUAUAACCUGCCGCCUCACCGCCGGUUGGGACACGACUACAGGACGAUGGGAACAGCCUAACCCAGAUGGUGUGAUUCGUAGCAGGAAGGGCUGUAGAAGUGAAUGAGCCGAGGCACACUUGUUUAUGGAUGACAGCCUCAUGGUGACACCCCUAACGAUUUGUCGCAUAACAGAACACGGCAGACUACUCUUGUACUGAGCCAUGGCAAUGGGGGACAAAGUUGCCAUUUUAUCCGAAGAUGAGGAAGAACAAAAGAGGAAAUAUGUUCUUGGUGAUAGUUUUAAUGGCGUCAGCUCAGAGUCUAACCAAACUGGACCUGGAGAAGGUCAUCCAGCUCAGGAUACCAUUUCCACAUCAGACGAAGAUAUGGACUGGCUGGAAAGACACUGUGUCAAAAUUAACAAUGACCUUCUAAUUUCAAAAGUUUUCUACUUCUUCUUCUACUCUGCAUAUGGCUCCCUCUACCCACUGCUACCCGUGUACUAUAAACAGCUUGGCAUGUCUCCAACCCAGAGUGGGAUGUUAGUAGGCAUUCGAUACUUCAUUGAAUUUUGCAGUGCCCCCUUUUGGGGUGUCAUUGCUGACCGCUUUCGAAAAGGGAAGAUAGUUCUGCUCUUUUCCGUUCUAUGUUGGGUUUUGUUCAAUUUGGGCAUAGGUUUUGUGAAACCAGCAAGGUUAUUGUGUGUGCCUGAUAAUCCUGUGCCUGUACAACCUACUAACUCCAGCGUCCCAAUUUUUACAACAAAUCCACCUUUUAUUUCGGUAUCGGCACCAAAUAGCGUAAAUGAUACCACUAAAAACAGAAGAAAGAGAGAUGUGCAUUCAGAUUUGGAGACAUCAUUUUUUGAUGGAGAGGACUUUAUUUUACACCGAGAAGUCAGAGAGGCUGGAAAUGACAGUGCCUUAAAUGAAUCAAUAGGAUCUACUAUUUCUUUUAAUGCAACCACUAUUGCAACAACAACAACUACUACUACUACUAUUAUAACCACAAAUAAGAGUCCCAGCAAAGAUCAGUUUGAAUUGCAAUAUGACAAUGAAGAUGUAGAAACUAUUUUCCUUCUGAUUCUGCUCGUGGUCAUCAUUGGAGAGUUUUUUAGUGCUCCAGCUGUUACUAUUGUGGAUACAGUGACACUCCAGUAUCUAGGCAAAAACAGGGAUCGCUAUGGACUUCAACGAAUGUGGGGAUCCCUUGGUUGGGGGUUGGCCAUGUUGUCUGUAGGUAUAGGAAUUGAUCACACAAACUUAAUUGUAAAUGUGGAAGGUGAGGGUUGCAGACCUCCCGAGUACAAAAACUACCGCAUUGCUUUUAUUGUCUUUGGAGUCCUGAUGUCAGUGGCACUAAUUGUCUCUACCCAGUUCCACUUUUAUUACCACCAUUUGAAAACAAGUGGGGAUAGGAGGGAAGACAUGGAGAUAAAUCCAGUGGAAGCAAGAUCUCAGAAUGAAUCUCCAACACAAAGUCAAAAUGAAACCAGUGGCCAAGAUGAUUCAAGUCAAGGCUUUAGGUUUUUGGAUUUGGUGAAAAUUAUAUGCACAGUGCAAUAUGGCUCUGUCCUCUUUGUUGCCUGGUUCAUGGGAUUUGGCUAUGGAUAUGUCUUCACCUUUCUUUUCUGGCACCUUGAAGACCUUAACGGAACAACAACUCUUUUUGGUGUUUGUUCAGUUCUGAGUCACAUAUCCGAGUUGACAGCUUAUUUUUUCAGCCACAAGUUGAUUGAGCUAAUCGGUCAUGUCCGGGUGCUAUACAUCGGUUUGGCCUGCAACACUGCCCGAUACAUAUACAUCUCUUACAUGGACAAUGCGUGGACAGUUCUUCCAAUGGAAGUGCUGCAAGGUGUUACCCACGCAGCAGUAUGGGCAGCUUGCAUUUCAUAUCUAAGUGCUGCAGUUCCACCGGCAUUACGCACUUCAGCACAGGGAAUCCUGCAGGGUCUCCACCUGGGUCUUGGCAGAGGGUGCGGUGCAAUGAUAGGAGGUGUUAUGGUCAACUUCUUUGGUGCUGCGGAAACAUUUCGCGGGAUAGGAAUGGCAUCUCUUGUGAUUCUCCUGCUAUUUUCUCUUAUCCAGUGGGUAGCAAUUCCCGACAAGGAAGAAGAUGCCGCGAUGCUGGCAGAAAGGAUCCCUGUUCCCUCAAGCCCAGUACCCAUAGCAACUAUUGACCUCGUACCACAGCAUCCGGAGAACAUCAUGCCCGUCCAACGCAAACUUCCCCCUAAAAAAACAAAACACCAAGAAGAGCAGGAAGAUGCCAACAGACCUGCUUGGGGUCUAGGCUCCUCACCCUGGGUCACUCUUGCAUAUGCAUUUUGCCAGAUAAAGGAACUGCUGUCACUUGCCAAAAACAACCAGUUCUCUGAAAAUCAGCCUUUACAGGAAAAUGAUAAUGAUAAUGGACAACCAACAUCACAGUCACUGACUAUGAAUGAAGAAGCUGCGGCUCCAGCGCAUGCUACCAUGAUCCCUGAUGCCCAGGAGCAAAGUCUUCAAGUUCCCCAAACAGAAGGGAAUGCGUCUGAUGCCAUUUCUCCGGAUAAUAACGCUGUUAAUUCAACAUCGCAUUCAGAAGACACACGACAUUAGGUAGCUUUGGAGAUGCUGAAGUAGUCACAUACUGAAUGUAACCGAUACACUGAACGAACCACAGAUAAUCGGAUAACAGUUGACAAAUUGUAUUCAAAACUGAAAGGAAAUCAGACUUCUAACUGUGUUUAGUACACAAAACAAUCGACUAUUCUGAAAAUGUAUUUACACACUGGAAUGCGUAAUGAAUUUAAGAUGAAAUGUCAAGAUGCGGUUCAGGUGUAGGACCUCACCUGUUCGAGAAGCAGUAAAACUAAAAGCCAA